ACGCAGCGUGCGUGCCUGACAGCGGACGCGGCGCAGUGAGCGGCAGCAGACAGACAGGCAGCGGAGUUGGUACGAACAUCUUCGACUUCACAAACCAAAAACACCUCGACUGCUCUUCAGCUGCUCCGCUACACAGAUAUGCCUCGGACUGGUCGCUGUUUUCGGGGGGAUUUACUUUGGACUUAGCGCCCCGAUCGCCGCGGAGAAGAUGACUAAAUGCGAAGUACCCAGCGCAGGAGAAAGUGUGCCUUGUUUGGAGCUGAACGGGUCGUGUGCCACAACAUAAAACUCGGAGCGCAUCAAGGCCAGCAGCAGCCUGUAGCACUAGUUAGCUGGUCGGCUAACGCUAGCCUGCUAACGUUACAGGUGUUCAGGCAGAAAAUCACCAAACGUAACUUGUAGCUGUAGUUAGCUGGCAACAAGCUGAGCUCCCAUGUCGUGACUUAAAACUGAACUUAAUGUGCCUGUUAUAAGCUUUUUAGCAAACGCCAAGUAGCAAGUAUAACACUUAGCAACAUUGUUAUUAGCCAUUAGCUUUUUAGUCAGACGCUGUCCCGUGUUUACAGCAGCAGCAGGUUAGCAUUACUAGCCACCAAGCUAGCGAGUUAACUUUAUAGCUACAUGUGCUUAUUUUUCUUUUGUAGCUUAUUUUUCGCAGUUUAACCCGACUCAACCCGGGACUCGCGGUGUAGUUUAGCGAUACUCUUCACAUUUGCAAGCCAGCCAGUUUGACUUUUUUUUCCACCGUGCCUGCCCUGGACUGACCCACCCACAAGGACUAUCUAUCCGGGGCCGAUGCUGACAGUUCAGACCGGAUCACGGCAACGCCAGGAGCCGCUACAGCAAUGCAGCCCCAGCAGAUAUACGACUUUUCAAGUGACGAGAACAGUCACAAAUGGAGAGGCCUCUUCGUGCAAGCUCUACGAAAGGUACAGAAGCAGGUCCACCCGAAUCUCACGGCGAAGGAGGACGCCCUGCAGCACAUCGAGGAGCUGAUCCUGCAGCUGCUCAACAUGCUGUGUGUGGCCCAGCCUCGCUCUGUGCAGGAUGUAGAGGAACGCGUCCAGAAAACUUUUCCCCACCCUAUCGACAAGUGGGCGAUCGCCGACGCCCAGUCAGCUAUCGAGAAACGGAAGAGGAGAAACCCCUUACUUCUCCCUGUGGACAAGAUACACCCACUGCUUAAGGAGGUUUUGGGCUACAAAGUGGACUACCAUGUUUCCCUGUACAUCGUGGCAGUGCUUGAAUACAUAUCAGCAGACAUUCUGAAACUGGCGGGAAACUAUGUCGGCAACAUUCGGCACUAUGAAAUCAACCAACAGGACAUCAAGGUGUCCAUGUGCGCAGACAAGGUGUUGAUGGACAUGUUCGACCAGGAGGAAGACAUCGGCCUGAUGUCUCAGUGCACAGAGGAGCCGUCGUCCUCCGGGGAGCUCACGUACGACGACCUGGUGAGGCUUGAAAUCGCAGAGGAGCGGCAGUACCUCCGAGAGCUCGACCUCAUCAUCAAAGUGUUCCGCCAUCACUUCCUGUCCAACCCCAAAAUCUUCACGCCUCAGGACGUGGAGGUGAUAUUCAGUAACAUCCUGGACAUCCACGAGCUGACGGUGAAGCUGCUCGGACUGAUCGAGGACGCAGUGGAGAUGACGGCUGAUGGCAGUCCUCAUCCGCUGGUGGGCAGCUGCUUUGAGGAUCUAGCAGAGGAGCAGGCGUUCGACCCCUACGAGACCCUGUCUCAGGACAUCCUCAGCAGGGAUUUCCACGAGCAUUUCAACAACCUGAUGGCACGAUCGACCGUUGGCCUUUACUUCCAGUCAGUGGCAGAAGGAUUCAAAGAAGCAGUCCAGUAUGUCCUCCCCCAGCUGAUGAUGGUCCCAGUAUACCACUGUAUGCACUACUUUGAGCUAUUACAGCAACUUCAGGAGCGCAGUGAAGACCAAGAUGACAGAGAAUGUCUGAAGCAGGCGAUCACAGCGCUGCUCAACCUUCAGUGUAGCGUGGAGCGCAUCUAUGCCAAACACCAGCCUCGCCGUAAACCUGGUGAGCCCAUGUACCGCCUGUACAGCAGGCAGGUUCGAAGCAAACAACUCGCCAUCAAACGCAUGAACGAGAUCCAGAAAAGCAUCGACGGCUGGGAGGGCAAAGACAUCGGUCAGUGCUGCAGUGAGUUCAUCCUGGAGGGGCCGCUUUUACGAGCGGGCGCCAAGCACGAGAGACACAACUUCCUGUUCGAUGGCCUUAUGAUCAGCUGCAAGGCCAACCAGAGCUCACGGCUCCCGGGGUCGGGCAGCGGGGCGGAGUACCGCCUGAAGGAGAAGUUUGUGCUGAGGAAGAUUCGCAUCGUGGACCGCGAGGACUCGUCAGAGCUGCGGCACGCCUUUGAACUGAUAGGCAAAGAUGAAAAUUGUGCAGUUUUCUGUGCACGGACAGCAGAGGAGAAAGCGGCGUGGAUGGCGGCGCUGGUGACUCUGCAGUACCGCUCCACUUUGGAUCGCAUGUUGGACACGGUGCUGCAGCACGAGGAACAGGCGCAUCCUCUAAGACUGCCCUCCCCGGAGGUUUACCGCUUUGCCGUGCAGGACUCUGAGGAGAAUAUAGUGUUUGAGGACAAAGUGCAGAGCAAAACAGGCAUCCCCAUCAUUAAGGCCGGCACAGUGGGCAAGCUCAUAGAGCGGCUCACCUACCACAUGUAUGCUGAUCCUAACUUUGUCCGCACGUUUCUUACCACAUACCGAUCAUUCUGCAAACCGCAGGAGCUUCUCACCCUGCUGAUAGACAGGAUUGACAUCCCUGAGCCAGAACCCACUGAGGAGGACCGACAGGCUCUCUGGAACGGCGAUCAGCCGAUGGCGGCCGAGCUCCAGAGGUUCAGGAAGGAGUACGUGCAGCCGGUCCAACUCAGGGUUCUCAACGUUUUCCGUCAGUGGGUCGAACAUCAUUUCUACGACUUUGAGAACGAUCCGGAGCUGAGAAGUCGACUGGAGGAAUACAUCACCAGCAAAAUUCAACUGAGAGGCAAGUCAAUGAGAAAGUGGGUCGAGUCCAUCAACAAGAUUAUCAAGAGGAAGCUGCAGACGCAGUCGAACGGCGUCAGUCACAACAUCACCUUCGAGAGCCCGCCUCCUCCCAUCGAGUGGCACAUCUGCAGAGCAGGACAAGUGGACAUGUUUGAGCUCAUGACCCUUCACCCCAUAGAGAUCGCCCGCCAGCUGACGCUGCUCGAGUCGGAGCUCUACAGAGCGGUCCGACCGUCCGAGCUCGUCGGCAGCGUCUGGACCAAAGAGGACAAAGAGAAGAACUCGCCAAACUUGCUCCGUAUGAUCCGUCACACCACAAACCUCACACUGUGGUUCGAGAAGUGUAUUGUAGAGACGAUGAACCUGGAGGAGAGGGUGGCAGUGUUAUCGCGGGUCAUAGAGAUUCUGCAGGUUUUCCAGGAGCUCAACAACUUUAACGGUGUGCUGGAGGUGGUCAGCGCCAUCAACUCUGUCCCAGUCUACAGGCUCGACCACACCUUUGAGGCAAUACCAGAGAGGAAGAAGAAAAUCCUGGAAGAAGCUGUCGAACUGAGCCAAGACCAUUUUAAGAAAUACUUGGCUAAACUCAAGUCAAUAAACCCACCUUGUGUGCCUUUCUUUGGUAUCUAUCUAACCAACAUCUUGAAGACGGAGGAAGGCAACCCGGACUUCCUCAAACGCCACGGCAAGGAGCUGAUCAACUUCAGCAAGAGGAGGAAAGUGGCUGAAAUCACAGGAGAGAUCCAGCAGUAUCAGAACCAGCCGUACUGUCUGAAGGUGGAGCACGACAUCAGGCGGUUCUUUGAGAACCUGAACCCGAUGGGCAACAGAAGUGAGAAGGAGUUUGCUGACUACCUGUUCAAAAUGUCUAUGGAUAUUGAGCCACGGAACUGCAGACAGGCUCCUCGAUUUCCCAGGAAGACCAUGUACAAUCUGAAAUCCCCGGGGAUCCGGCCUGUACGAACGUCUACCUCUGGCACCCUGAAGGGCCACCCCGUCCCCCUGGAGAGGGAGCCCCCACACAAGAUCACCUUCCGGAGCAUCGCCGAGACCGAGCCGGAGAUGCCGGCGUCGGCCUCGGUGCCCACCUCUCCGAACACGCCGACCCCUCCGCAGUCAGCCUCCUCUGACCUCAGCUCAGUCUUCAUGGAGCCCGACCUCAGCAACUCCUACGGCGGAAGUAACCCCAUAUUCGUUUCAGUCAUUCUGCCACCGACAAAGUUCCAGUCUGUGUCUUGCGGGAGCCUCCACCAGCUCGGGGACGAGCAGCUCAAGCCUCCACCUCUGCCACCACGAAGGAAAGAUGCAAUGUCUGAAGCCAAACUGAGCACCAUGUCCGACAGCCCUCCAGCCAUUCCUCCCCGGCAGCCCCCUCCUCCUCCCAGGAACCAGCCUCGCCCGCCGGUCUACAACGGACCCCCCAUGGACGGCCCGCUGCCAAGCCCCCCUCCUCCGCCGCCCCGCGACCCUCUGCCCGACACGCCUCCCCCGGUGCCCCAGCGGCCCCCGGAGAUCUUCAUCAACUACCCGCCCCUGCAGCCUUCCCCCGUGGGCCGAUACCACUGGGACUUCAGCAGCUCCCCCAGCUCCCCCAACACCCCGCCCAGCACGCCGUCGCCACGCGUCCCCAGGCGGAGCUGUCCGCUCAGCGCCAGCCAGAACAGCCUCUGCCCUCUACCUGUUUCCAUCACCGCUCCACCUGUCCCGCCUCGCCACAACUCCAGCCCGCAACUCCCCAAACUCCCACCAAAGACAUACAAAAGGGAGCUGCUGCAGCCGCCGCUACAAGGCCUCUCAUUGGUGGAGAACACCGACAGCAGCCAGUGAGCCUGCUCCGUUCUAUUUUUAAACACCCUGAAAUGCAAACUUCAAACUGUCUCCUGCAAACUACGACACAGUGGACUCAAAGCUACUGAUCAGAAAGAAUAACACUGCUCCACGUACUCUUAACUCCACCCGCCCUCCCUCUGCAUCGACCAGUCACACCCCAGCUGUGCCUCUCAGGGGAUCAGUAGCUCCGCCUUCAUCAUAAAAACCCUCUGUGCCAAUGAGAAACCACCACCGGUGUGCCAGCCAAUAAACAACAAGGAGCUGAGUGUUUGUCUGUCUGUGCUGUACGGAGCGAGAAUGUUUGUUCCUGAUGAAAGUUCUCACCCCUCAAACACUUAACUCACGAUUACCCCACGUCCCGCUCCUCCAUCACCAGGGUGGGGGGGGGGGGGGGGGGGUGGUGAUGGUGGGGGGGGGCCUUGGACUUUGUAGCCUUAACUGUCAUGCUUUGUUUCUUUGGGCAUUGACAUCAUCUGGAGUCCUGCUGCAGCUCACAGAUUUUUACGACCUCUCUCCUCCUCAACGAUCAACGUGGACGUAGCUCUGUCACGGUGGGUGUGAGCAGCGGACAUUUCCAUUGACUUGUGUUUCCUACUAACUGAAAACAAACAGUUGCCAAAGUCUUAUUUUAUGCAGGGGGAUAAGGGAUUUUCUUUUUUCUUUUUUUUAAACAAAUGUGACAUUAAAAGAAACGCAAACAGGAGGCGACACUGAAUCCCCCACCUUGUAUCUCAACUGUACACUGUGACUGUAAAGACGCGAGUCGAACUGUCUGAUUGUUUGUUUGUUUGUUUUUUUGGGGGGGGGGGGUGGUUUUGUCUGAAGACAGGCUUCUCCGCAGCCACAAAACGUUGCCUUUUAAAAAUCCAACAGCGGUGACCUCUGACCCCCGGGCUCCAGUCCUCUCAGCCCCACAUUGGGAGGAAAAAGAAAAAGAGAGAGCCAAGAACACUCCAUUAUUAUUAUUAUUAUUUUUUUUUGUUGCACAUCAAGCUUGGGCAAAGUCAGCAGGUUUGGACGAGACAGAAAAUCCCUCUGCGGUGUGCGACAGAGGGAGAAGUCCGCCACGAUAUCAAACAGCACCGAUCCAGGACGAAGAGAGGGAGGGGGGAAAAAAGGAAAAAGAUUUUCUGUCUCCCACUUCUUCAAAAAAAGCUGAUGUCUUAACUGAUCCCCGUAUUGACGUGCGCUGCUGUCUGACACUGUGCUCUUCUCCUAAAGCCCUCAUGACCAACUUGUUCUUCAUUGGUAUUCAAACUCAGCACUGGAAGCACGCAACCUCCCACCAAAGCUGGGUCAGCGCCCCCCAGUGGCCGCCCCAAAUAACUAUUAUUAAAAGAAAAAAAAACCCAUGGAAAAAGGGGAACUUUUUAACCCAACUUCUUCUUCUUCUUCUUCUUUAUCUCUCCCUCAUUCUUUCUUUUUUUUUUUUCUGCUUGAAACGUUUUUGUUUCACUUUGGAAAAGACUGAAAUAAUCCAUGCAUCAUGCUCAGAUGUGCCUUUUUAUUUUGUUUUCUACUUUACAGAAAUAAGCAAAUGGUGUCUAAAAUGCUAAAAAAUAAAGUUGCCUAUGUAAUGUUUAGAACAAAGCUAUACACUAUGAAAUUGUACAUGUUUGUGGAUACUGUGUAUAUAUAACAUGUAUACACUAACUAAAUAAUUUGUAUAAAGUGACAAGUUUUUUUUUUUUCCCCUGUUGUAUUGUACCCUCAUCCGCAUCUGUUCAGUCGAAUAUUGCCUAAUAAUCCAAUGCUGCUACAGUCGGAUUAAACAUUUUAAAAAAUAAAAUAAAAAAAUAAAAAAUAAAACAGAAAAAAAAAAAAAAACAGGUCACUGUCACUAACUUACUUACAGACAAUCUCCAGUUGAAACACUGGGAGUAUUAACUGAGGAAAGCCAUUUUUUCUUCCCCGCCCCCCCUUAGCUGUUUUAAAGCAAUUUAAAAAAAGAAAAAAUAUACAGUUGAAUAUGCCAAGCACUUACUUAGACGUGUGCUUCACUUUGUACAUCCUACUAAUUGCCUUUUCUCCUUUUCAAAGACUUUUUAAUGCUAACACUCAUUAAACAAGAGGUUGGAAUUGUAUUGAAGUUGCAGGUGAAUAUAUCGAGACGUAUAUUCAGUUUGCAAGUGAAGAAUUGGACUUUUUCUUCUUUCUUUUUUUUUUUUUUGUUUUUUUCUUCUGAGAAACACACUUUGUGCACUUUAGGCUGUACUGUUGACGAGCCGCGGUUGUUAUAGGUCAUGUUUGUAAAUGCAUUGGUCCUAUGCAGCUGUUAAACUCACUUUCUACGCGGAUCAGGGCAGAAAAAAAGAAAAAAAACACGAGUCUUACCAUCUCACUCCGAUUCCCCUCGACGUUUUGUGACAGACGCAUAAAACGCCUGAGGACGUCUGAUCACCACAAGCUGGAUCUCAGCACGUUUUUAAAGAUCACUCGUGCCCCCCUCACUUGCUCUGGGGGGGUAAAAAACAAAAAAACAAACCCUCCUAAUCCAGAGAUGAGAGGGGAGUUCAGGAGGAUUUUUUCUUUCUUUUUUAAGGGACAGCUGAAGUCGCAUCACUUCACUGUCUUCGCUCGUGUUCUGUCCAUUUCCCAAGUUUCCCAAGUCAGUAUUGUUGGGGUUCGUUUUGCCAAGUUUUUGUUUUGUUUGUUGUUGUUGUUUUGUUUUUUUAAAGACCCCUCAGCCCCCAACAGAUUAACAGACUGGUUUUCCUCCGGUGGCACUGUAACAGCUUGAUCCAGCAGUCGGUUUAUUUGAUGGUAUGUGGCCUUUUAACUGCUUUGUAUUAAUGGUCUUGAUGAGAUUAAUAAAUCACCCAGUCUUAUUUUGUACUGAA